AUGCCAUCGGCUGACGGUCCAGAUGUUACGUACCUCCUUCUCGCCCUUGACCCCACCGACUUCACUGUCGAUCUGGUCGAGAAGCACCUCCUAGCAGCUGAGACUAGCAUAGUCGCUGUAGGCGCUUCUUGUGGCACUCCUCGCACUCCCUUCUUUGAGGGGUGCACGCCCUCCCCCCUUCUCCUCUCAAUCGCCUCUUCUGCAGCUGUUGACUACCUUCGUGCUGAGGAGGUAGGAGCCGCGUCUGCCCCCAGUGGGAGGCGCCGCAGCGGCAGGGGCAAGGGAGGCAGGAGUGUUGGGGGUGGCAGAGGUGGAGGCGGUGGUGGGUGCGGUGGAGGAGGUGGAGGGGGCGGCGGUGGAGUAGGUAGUGAUGGUGGGGGUGGAGGUGUAGGUGGCGGCGGUGGUGGCAGUAGUGGGAGUGGUGGAGGCGGCGGUGGUGGCGGCAGUGGGGGUGGAGGCGGCGGGAGUGGUGGCGGUCGGGGUGGUUCCAGCCAGAGGGGAGGCCUCGGAGUUGAGGGUGACUGUUACCUGUGUAUGCCGCCAGACCCAGGUAUAGAGGCUGCUGCUCUAGGUGCUAGUGAGUCUGCUGCUCUAGGUGUUGUCGCGUCCGGGUCACUGUCAGGGUUCCACCUCCCCUCGUUCUCUAUGAACUCUGUCUCUAUCUCCCCUCCCACCCUCGCCUGCCCCUCCCUGCCUUCCCUAUGUCGAGGGGCAGCAGCGUGCCGCUCCUCACUCCUCCUCGUUCCCCGGACAGAGGCUCCCCUGCAGACUCUUCACCUGGACGUGUGGGGCCCAGCUCGCGUCCGUGGACAGGGCAACGAGCGGUACUUUCUGCUAGUUGUCGGCGAGUACACGCGUUACACCACGGUCUUCCCCUUGCGCCGCAAGUGGGAGGUCCUUGAUUACGCUGCGCAUCAGCUCAACCUCUGGCCCCGUGUCUCCUUGCCGGAGACCUCGCCCACACUGCGUUGGACGGGGGAGGUUGGCGAUGCGUCGGUGUUCCAGGUAGACUCUGUCGGGCCUGUCGAGGUAGCUGUUGACUCUGGUGCUGCUAGAGGUGCUGCGUCCGGGGGUGCUGCGCCUGCGGGUGCGGGGCCUGGGAGUGCUGAGCUUAAGCGUGCUGAGCCUGGGGUUGCUCAGUCAGAGGGUGCGGAGCCUGGAAGUGCUGAGCCUGAGCGUGCGGAGCCUGGGGGUGCUCAGCGUGGGGGUGUGGAGCCUAGGGGUGCUGAGCCUGGGGGUACUGAGCCUGAGCGUGCGGAGCCUUGGGGUGCUGGGCAUGGGGGUGCUGAGCCUGGGGGUGUUGAGCCUGAGCGUGCUACGCCUGGGGGUACUUUGUCUUCUGGAAGUCCUCCGGGUGUCUUGUCCCGUCGGGAGACGCUCUCUCCACCGGAGCUGCGCGAGUGGUUUGCUCGCCGCUCGAGCCUCCAUAGUGGUGCUGCUAGAGCUAGAGCUGCGGGAGGUGCUGAAGCCCCUGGUCCCGGAGGUGCUCGUACUGGAGGUACUGAAGCUGCUGAAGGUACUGGAGCUAUUGGAGCUGAAGGUGCUGCUGGAGCUGGAGCUGCUGGAGGUGCUGGUGGAGCUGGAGAUGGAGCUGGUGGAGGUACUGGUGCUCUCAAUGCUGGUUCUAGAGGCGCUGAGCGACCACGACCGUACUUCUUUCCCCUACUUCAGCAGGUUCUCUCGCCUUCUACUGACCUUACUUCUCCCUUACUGUGUCCACCGCCUGUGCAGUCCCAGCCAAAGUUACAGCCAGCCUCCCCACUACCUGCUCCUUCUCCUUACACUGAGCAGCCCGGAGGUCUUACAAAGCGUCGUGAGCCUGCGUCUCGUCCUGCGUCGCCUGUUCGCGCUGUUUGCACUGGUCGUCGUGUUCCGCGUCAGCGUCCUCCUCUUGUCCCCUACACGCACCAAAUGGCACUUCGUCCUUCCUUUGUUCCACUGCGUGUCCCUCUACCGUCUCCUCCUGCGUCUUCUCCUGUUGACGGCCCGGACCCGGAGUCUGACUCCCUUCGCGCUGCUAGUCCUACUGUCAUGCGUAUCCUGGCCACAGUUGUCACUAACCCUUCGUUUGAGUCCACUGCUGCGUCUGCUCUUGUUGCUGAGCUGGUUGACUUUGCUGCCGUUUGUCGUCUAGACUACGCCGCUAGCCUUGUUGGUGAGUCCGAUUCUGUCUGUCCUCCGUCCGUUGGGGGUGAGUGUGCUCUUGGCACGGACGUCCUUGAGGACAGGCAAGAGGACUUUGAGUGUUUUGCAGCUGCUAUACCUCAUCUUGUGUCCAUGCUGAUUGCACCUGAGGGAGACUCGGAUGCACCGGACAUCCCUACCCCGCGCUCUUACGAAGAGGCGAUAGAGGGUCCCUACUCCUCUCAGUGGCAGUCAGCCAUGGACGUAGAGAUGGCUUCGUGGAAGUCCUCAGGCACUUACGUCGACGAGGUUCCCCCACCUUGGGCGAACAUCGUCAGUGGCAUGUGGAUUUUCGGGGUGAAGCGGCCACCGGGUUCUCCACCUGUCUUGCACGAGGCUUCACGUGACUACGAGCUUCACUCUCUUGACUUCAGCACUGCUUUCUUGCAGGGUAGCCUGCACGAGGAGAUCAGGCUGCUCCGCCCACCUGACUUCACUGGAUCGUUUCCUCCUGGUACCCAGUGGAGCCUCUGGCGGCCAGUCUAUGGUCUUCGCCAGGCGCCAAGCGAGUGGCACGACACACUGAGGACGACUCUUGCGGCUCUUGGGUUUGCUCCUUCUACUGCUGACCCGUCGCUAUUUCUACGCAGUGACACUUUGCUGCCGCCGUUCUACAUCCUCGUGUAUGUCGACGACUUGGUUUUUGCCACUGCUGACACUGCUGGACUGGCCCACGUGAAGUCGGAGCUUCAGAAGAGACACACGUGCACAGACCUGGGGGCCAUGGCUGCACAGGAGUCACGCUGGCUCACCUACCUGCUGACCGACUUAGGAGAGGCGCCUCGUUCUCCUCCAAUUCAGUACGUCGACAACAAGGCCAUGAUUGCCUUGUGUCAGGAGCACAAACUAUAG